UCCUGCUCCUCCUCCGCUCCCCAUACACAGACAAGCUCACACCCCGCUCCCUCACUCGCACACGCAGACACGCGCGCACACACGCUCCGCACACACACUCCACUCUGCCGCGCGCUCACACCCCUCUCGCCCUGCGCUCUAAGAGCCGGUGCGGCGCCGAGCCGGCAGCCGGACGCCCCUCCGGGCUCACUUUGCAACGCAGACAGCUCCGGUGGUCCCCGUGGAGGUGGGAACGGCCGCAGCAUCUUCUCCCUUAGUCGCGGCCGGAGCCAGGACGUCCGCGGAAGCCCUCAGCGGAGCUCUCCCAUGAGUCGGGAUCGCAGCAUCCCCUGCCAGCCGCUCGCCGCCUCCGGGAGCCGCUGGGCUUGUGCACCGCAGCCCUUCCGGGACAGCAGCUGUGACUGCCCCCCACCCAGUGCAGAUUUCAAGGCAGCUCUCUAGAAACUCGCUCUAAAGACGGAACCGCCACAGCUCUCAAAACCUACUGUGGAAGAGUGCAGCCCGGGAAGCCCGGGCCCGGAGACUGGAUCCUCAGCGGAGCAGGGCUGCACCGCCACUGCUUCGCCCAGCCCGACAUCCCCGCCUCCUCCACUCUCAGCCUCUGCUGGAGAGACGCCCAGCCCCACCAUUCAGCGCGCAAGAUAUCCUCCAGGCCCUCAUCACCUUUUUUCAACUCAAGAUUUCAACCCAUAUAUGCAUGACUCAAUCAGAUUUGGAGAUGUGGAUAUGCCCUGCGUGCAAGCCCAGUAUAGCCCUUCACCCCCAGGUUCCAGUUAUGCAGCGCAGACGUACGUCUCGGAAUACAACCCGGAGAUCAUGAACCCCGACUUCCCCAAGCUGACCAUGGACCUGGGCAGCACCGAGAUCACCGCCACCACGUCCCUGCCGAGCUUCAGCACCUUCAUGGAGGGCUACUCGGGCAACUACGACUUCAAGCCCUCGUGCCUGUACCAAAUGCAGCCGGCCGGGCCGCGGCCCUUGAUCAAGAUGGAAGAGGGCCGCGGGCACGGCUACCACCACCACCACCACCACCACCAUCACCACCACCACCCUCACCCCCACCCUCAGCAGCAGCCGCAGCAGCCGCCGCCGCCGCCGCCGCCGCCGCCGCCCGCGCCGCCCGCGCCGCAGCCCUCCAUCCCGCCCCCGGCCGGCCGCGAGGACGAGGUGCUGCCCAGCACGUCCAUGUACUUCAAGCCGUCCCCGCCGUCCACGCCCAGCACGCCCGGCUUCCCCGCGCAGGCCGGGGCGCUGUGGGACGACGCGCUGCCCGCCGCCCCCGGCUGCCUGGGCCCCGGCGCGCUGCUCGAGCCGCCCCUGAAGACGGUGCCCGGCGUGGCGGGCGCGCGCUUCCCGCUCUUCCACUUCAAGCCGUCGCCGCCGCACCCGCCCGCGCCCAGCCCGGCGGGCGGCCACCACCUGGGCUACGACCCCAAGGCGGCCGCCGCCGCCGCCGCCGCCGCCGCCGCUGCCGCCGCCGCCGCCGCCGCCGCCGCCAGCAGCCAGGCGGCCGCGCUCGACGCCCACCCGUACGUGCUGCCCAUGGCCAGCAGGUUCCCGCCGCUGGGCCUCGCCGCCUCGCCCACCCCGUCCGGCCUCCUGGGCGACAGCCCCAGCCUGCCGUCGCCGCCCAACCGGGGCUCGUCGUCGGGCGAAGGCACGUGCGCCGUGUGCGGGGACAACGCCGCCUGCCAGCACUACGGCGUGCGCACCUGCGAGGGCUGCAAGGGCUUCUUCAAGAGAACAGUGCAGAAAAAUGCAAAAUACGUUUGCCUGGCAAAUAAAAAUUGCCCUGUAGACAAGAGACGCCGGAACCGAUGUCAGUAUUGUCGAUUUCAGAAGUGUCUCAGUGUUGGAAUGGUCAAAGAAGUUGUUCGAACGGAUAGUCUGAAAGGGAGGAGAGGUCGGCUGCCUUCCAAACCAAAGAGCCCUUUACAGCAGGAAGUUUCUCAGCCCUCUCCACCUUCUCCUCCGAUCUGCAUGAUGAAUGCCCUUGUCCGAGCUUUAACAGAUUCAACGCCCAGAGAUCUUGAUUAUUCCAGAUACUGUCCCACUGACCAGGCCGCAGCAGGCACAGAUGCUGAGCACGUCCAGCAGUUCUACAACCUUCUGACCGCCUCCAUUGACGUGUCCAGAAGCUGGGCAGAAAAGAUUCCCGGAUUUACUGAUCUCCCCAAAGAAGAUCAAACGUUACUUAUAGAAUCAGCCUUUUUGGAGCUGUUUGUUCUCAGACUUUCCAUCAGGUCGAACACUGCUGAAGAUAAGUUUGUGUUCUGCAACGGACUCGUCCUGCAUCGACUUCAGUGCCUUCGUGGAUUUGGGGAGUGGCUCGACUCCAUUAAAGACUUUUCCUUAAGUUUGCAGAGCCUGAACCUUGAUAUCCAAGCCUUAGCCUGCCUGUCAGCACUGAGCAUGAUCACAGAACGACAUGGGUUAAAAGAACCAAAGAGAGUGGAGGAGCUAUGCAACAAGAUCACAAGCAGCUUAAAAGACCACCAGAGUAAGGGACAGGCUCUGGAGCCCAGCGAGACCAAGGUGCAGGGGGCCCUGGUGGAACUGCGCAAGAUCUGCACGCUGGGCCUGCAGCGCAUCUUCUACCUGAAGCUGGAGGACUUGGUGUCUCCACCCUCCAUCAUUGACAAGCUCUUCCUGGACACCCUGCCUUUCUGACCAGGGGCAGCUGCCUGGCCGGAGCCGCUUCACUAUUAGUACCUGCUGGCAAAGUCGCCAAGGGCUGGGUCUGAAACACCAGUUUCUGUCCUGAAGAGAAAAAAAAGCCGCUCCCAUAUGAAAUAAAGACUCCCCCCCCCCCCCCACCCUCCUCCCUUCUGGCACUUUUCCUUACAACCUAAAGCCAGAAAACUUGCAGAGUAUUGUGAUGGGGUUGUGUUUUCUAUUUAGGCUUUGGGGUUAGGGUGGGAGGUGGGGUCUAGUUCAUGAGGGUUUUCUAAGAAAUGGCUAAUGAAGCACUUUUGGAUGCAGGAAGGAAAAAAAAAGGAUUAUAUAUCUGUUUUGCAACUCUUUCUGGGGAAUACUGUUAUAGUUGCUUUGUAUUUCAAAAGAACAGCCAAGGGUUUUUCAGCAGGGUAAGAUAUGUCUUAAGAUUGACCCCUUUAGAUUACACUUCCUGUCUCAAGUGUAUACGUAUGUGGUGCAAACAAGGCAAAAAUUCCCUCUUCGUAAUUUCUCUCUUCCUUGAUUCUUUCUUCUUCUUUUUUUAAAUAAAAAUGGUUCCGAAAGAUGGUAGAUAACCUAGAAAUCAAAUAUCGCAAGAUAAAAAUGGCUGCUUGCUUCCAUAUACAAGUGCAAUUUUUUAAAGUGCUGUCUUACUUAGUCUUGUUUAUUAACUCUCCUUUAUAUUAUAUGGACAUGAAGAGGAAGCAGUCAUGCGAGCAAAUGACACAUUUGCUAAUUUGAUUAGAAGAGGUUUUGUCUACUUUCCCUGUUGAACCUUUCCGAGGUGUGGGCCACCCACAGUUUGAGGCCGUUCUUGAUGGUUAUUGAUCCCUGCCCUGACUGUCCAGCUGUCCAGAAGGAGGCUGAGAUGAGAGAACUGAUCAAAAACAGAUAUUCUGGGUGCGUUCUAACAACCCAGCCACAGUCCUCUUUACUUGCUCUAGAUAUAGCAGCUGACUACCCAUUCUGAAGCCACAGGAAUUUUCAGUCGAUCUUAUAGGGGGUCCCUAGAUAAGAACAUGCAAUGAACUAGGAACUGGAUCAUACAGGGUAAGCACCAGGGAUAAAAGGGUUUUCUAAGUAAACAUAAUUUACUUCAGUUAACAAUUUAAGAGGCAAUUCUGGAGAGCAAGCAAGUCUUAUUUUUUAAAAAAAAAUUAGUAUGAAUGUGAGUACUAGAAAGGGUUAGUGGGCUGCGUUUCAACAUUCCGUGUUCGUACUCCCUUUUGUAUGUUUAUACAGUUGAUGCCAUAUUAUUAUGAGAUGACUUGUUGCAUAGUGUCCUUAUUUGUAUAAACAUUUGUAUGCACGUUAUAUUGUAAUAGCUUUGCCUGUAUUUAUUGCAAGACCACCAGCUCUUGGAAGCUGAGUUACAGAGUACUUAAAUGGGGUGUUCGCAGUGACUUGGAUACACCAGUUAGAAAUUAAAUAAGCAAAUAUAUAUAAAUAUAGCAGGUUACAUAUAUAUUUAUAAUGUGUCUUUUUAUUAACCAUUUGUACAAUAAAUGUUAUUUCCCAUGCAGUUAUUUUAUGGUUCAUUUGCAGUGACUUUUAAGGCAGUACUGUUUAGCACUUUGAUAUUAAAAUUUUGCUUAUGUUUUGCUAAAUUCAAAUAAUGUUUAAAGAUUUUUAGGUCUAAAAGUCUUUAUAUUAUAUACUCUGUAUCAUGUCAAAAUAUCUUUGUCCAUUUUGCUAAGAAACAACUUUGAAUGUCAAACUGAUGUCAACAGUAGUUUUUGUUAGCUUUAAAGUCAUUUUUGCUUUAGUCUUUUUAAAGGAAAAAAAUAACAAAACUAUGCUGUUUAUAUUAUCAUUAAAUUAUACAAUCAAACAAAUGCCAAAUGAGUUGCCUACUUGCUGCAAAGAAUAACCCAGAUAGCAAAUCAUAUACAUUUCAUUUUUCUCAAGAGUCAUUCUGAUAUUUGAUCAUGCAUUAUGUUUGUUUGAGCUUUGGCAAAAGAUUAUUUUUAUAUUAAGAAGCUAGGAUCUGGAAUGAUAGGGUCUUGAGACGUUAGACUUGGAAAAGAUCUAAAUUGUCAACGAGUCUAACCCCUGAAAUUCAGAGAAAAGGGGUGGAAGUGAUGACUGAUCCUGUGGGGCCCAUGCUUUGGAUGCAGGAGGCCUGGGUUUGACCCUGGAGCCAGUGGGCUCCCGGACAAUACUGGGAGUGACCCAGAGCACAGACUGGGAAUAGCCCUGGAGCACCACCAGGUGUGCCCCCUCGCCCCCAUAAGCAAACAAAAAAGGAUUCAAAGAGGAGAAAAUUGGGACCCAGUGAACAGUAAAGAAUGAUCUGAGGCCAAACAGCUAGUAAUGGAAUCAAGACUAGAACCCAGUCCCCCUUUCCAUAAUCUUAACUCACUGUAUCUAAUAGGGAAAAAGGCUUUCAAACGUAACUGCUAACAUAGACAUUUGACCUGGUGAUAACCAUUAGCAAAGUAGGAAAGCUGCAUUAAUUUUUGAGCUUAUGUGCAAACAUAAUAAACAUUAUUAAAUAUCAGAAAGCUAACAUUUCAUGCAAGGCAGCUUCGGACCAAAUUUAAAUUGAAGUUGAGUAAAUUAGAAGUGCUGUGCAUACAUAGCCUUUUUGUGCACUGUUAGUAUUGGAAAGUUAAUCUUCGUUUUUUGUCCUGUCUGUAAAUGGUAAAACAAAACAAACAAUAACAACAAUAACAACAGAAAACCAGAGCCCUAGAGAAACACUGUCCUUUUCUCCUUUUAAACCCAUCAGAUUUAAGGAAGACCUUUUAGUCGUGAUAGCAAUUGGCUGAAGAACAAUGAAAAAAAACGGGGGAGUUUAGUUAUAGAUCCCGACAAUAGCGCUGAAAAGAAAGAUGAUAGCCAGUGUCCUUCUGUCUUCCGUAGUUAUUCCAACUAGGAGAGACUCCCAAGUCAGCUCUCCAUCUCUCCCUCCCUCUCUCCUUCCCUCCCUCCUCGCCCCCUGCCCCCACUCUCUCUCUCUCCCUCUCUCCUUUAUGUUGACACAUAAGUAUAGACAGCAAGAAUGAAAGCAGGUGAUUCUUCCCGUGGGGGAGAGCUCUCUCGGUGUGAACAAGCCUUCCGUGGGCGGAAAUCAGGAUCCACCAACUGUUAAUGGAGAGUGCCUUGCUUUUAUUUCAGACAGCAGAGUUCUCCAAAGCUUCUCUGCGCCUCUAACAGCUUUGCUCUUUCCUGUGUGUUAACCUGUGGUUUGAAAGAAAUGCUCUUGUACAUUAACAAUGUAAAUCUAAAUGAUUAAAUUAAAUUACAUUUUA